AUGCUCCUCCCAACAGCCUACUGGAACAAUGCGGCCAGAAUUCAAAGAAUCGUCCACAUCGCACAAGUCGUCCUUGUCCUCGCAGCCUUCAUCACCGGCAUCGCCCUCCUCGCCGACUCCACCAUCCAAAGAAGUCGCUCGACCGUCCUCGUCUUCGUCUACUCCCUGAAAUCCAUAAUCGUCCUCUUAUACUUCUACCUCUCCUCGCACACGGCGCGGUUCGCCCGCUUCGCGAGCGCGAAGGCGUACUUCAUCCUCACGGUGCUAGAGGCUCUGUUCUGGUUCACCGCGUUCAUCAUCAUGUGCAUGGGCGGCGGGAGGUGUUUUGGCAGGGCGUGUGCGACGAUUGGGGUUGCGGCGACGCUUUCGUUGCUUCUGAGUUUGUCGAACGUGGUGCUUAUCCCGGUUACGUGGGCGGAUUGGAGGCAGUCGAAGAAGGUCCCGGCGAAUUCGGAGGUUUGA